UCCAUCACUAUCCAGCUGAAAGGAUAUGGAUACAGAUGCUGAUGCUGAGAGAGAGUAAAUGAUUAAAUUAGCAAACUUUAGUAAAAAGGAGAAACUAUGGCGGCUGUCCACCCGCAACCUCCUCAGGAAUCUCUGCCUCCUGGCUGGGAAUGUCGAUUUGAUCCACGAACUGGGAGACAUUAUUUCUUGAAUCAUGUUGAGCAUAUAACAACAUGGGAAGAUCCUAGAUUGAGGCCAUCAACUCUUCAGCAGGCCUAUCCACCAUAUUAUGGAUCUGGUAACUAUUCCAUUAAUGUUACUUCACCACCUCCUCCUCCACCACCACCUGUUGGUUCCCCACCUCCUAAUCAGAUGACAAAUGUGAGAUGCGUUGAGGAAGAAUACGCUGUUUCUCGUGGAGGCUAUUAUACACCUCGUUUUCAUACUCAGGGUGGAUACAUGCCUCAUUAUGGGAGUCCAAAAACACCAUACAGGUUUAAGCAAGAAAACUCUGUGCAAGUAGAUGAGCGCAUACUCAUGAAAUUGUGUGUACAAUUCCCUACAGUUGAAGAAGGACACAUCUGGCAGCUUCUUAAGCAGUAUCACAAUCGAGAAAAUGUAGUAGUGAGUGCGCUUCUGGCUGAUGGGCAGCCUAGAGCUCAAACUCAUUCUGUGGAGCUGACUCCUAAAUUACAGAAGAGUGAGAUGCAGACUACUCAAAUAGAUGAAGCUUUACUAUAUAAACUUCGAAAUUACUUCCCAGCUGCUGAUCCAGAACACAUACGCAAUCUAUUGAGGAUAUAUAACAAUCAAGAGCAUGAGGCAAUAGCAGCUUUGGUAGCUGGCAAUAGAGGCUACAAUAGCCGUCAUCAGAGUCCUCACCCAAGUUCGCCAAAAAUGAAGCUGAGAUAUUUGAAGCUUGUUUUUCCUGAAUGUGAUGAAGCUGUGUUGUUUGAUGUCCUGAAUAAUUGUGACAACAAUGCUCAAGAGGCGUCCAUCCGUUUAGUGAGCAUGGGCUACUCCAAGCGUGAUACUCCGAUAACUCGUCCAAAUACCAGCCAGCAAAUACGGAAACCCUCUUUGGAGAUUCCCCGACCGCCCCCAACACCUGAACGUCCAGUUAUUGUCAUACCACCAAAUGCAUCUGAUAAACUACAAUUGGUUAGUAGAUUGCAAGAGCAGUUUCCUGCAAUCUCAAGAACUCUAGUCAAUAUGGCUUUAGACAGUAGCAACUAUAAUGAAGAACGUGCCAAACAGUUCCUUUCUGCCAUGACUCCUCAGGACGGAGCCCGCCCUACAGUUCCUCAUUCAGAAGCUGGGAGUGGGAUAGUCCAAGUCGAUUCUAGUCCAAAAACUGGGUUUUCGACUGAUUCACCACCCAUCCCUCCUCCGAGAAGUCGACACACUUCUGCUUCUCAGGAUAGUGAUGCAGGAUCCCGACAUUCUAGUCUUGAGAGACAGUCACUAAAAGGUGAUAGUUCCCGUGAAGUUACUCCAUCCAGAAGUCCUAGCCGCCUCACUUCUACUGGUUCUCCUGCCCGCAAAAUUACCGCAGCAAUAGCAACUUCUACAGAUCGUAUGUCAAGACCAAAAUUUAAAAAAGAUGUUAUAAAAGUUUCUAAAGCUACAUGUACACGGAAUGAUUUUGAAGAUGUGUCUACAAAUCGAACACGAGCUAAGGGCCCUGAUCCAUCUCUCAGGAAGGGACCAUGUGAAAAACUAUUGCUGAAGGAGUACAUGCCAUGGAUUGGACCUGAUCCUAAGAAUCGUAAAGGUCCGAAUUCCUCACUUUGUCGUGGUCCAGAUCCAAGUAAUCUGAGUUCUAGAUCUGAGAGUCGAGCAAAAGGCCCUCAAAGGGACUUCCACAAAGGACCUUUGGUCUCUUUCAAACAUUCUAAAAUAGCUCCUGCACCUUCUGUUGUAGAGAACGAAACAGAUAAUUCCAGAUCAAGUUAAACUGUUGAUAUCUCCUGCCAAAUAUUCCAGUUGGAGUCUUUUUAAACCCAUCCCAUUUUACUUAAAAACAUUUGAUUCAUAUAUUAAGAAAACCGCUUUAAAUAUUUAAUAAUUAUUCCUCGACUUUAGUUAUUGUUGAAUUAACUUGCUUAUAAAGGAAGAGUUAUUAUGUUUAUAAGAUCAUAGUGUAUUAAACCUUUCACUUUGUUGAUUGAA